GGUCGCCAGGCGGCGGUGGGCCGAGCGGCGUCGCUGGCGACGAUGUGUGGUGGUUGCUGGCCAAAUGGCGGCCGCCGGCGGCGCGUUUAGUGCAGUGCGACACCCAUGUUGGACGCCGCAGGCGACAUGACCUAGCCGGCAGCAGCGGCGGGCCGAGCGGCAGUGCACCUGUGGGCCGCUGUGCCAGCCGGAAAUAUGGCGGCCGUGCCCAGCCCCGAGAGCCAGGGCCACUUCUUCGUGAAAAAGACCUUCCACCGGCCGACCUACUGCCACCACUGCACCGACCUUCUCUGGGGCUUCAUCGGCCAGGGAUACAUCUGUGAAGUUUGUAACUUCGUCAUCCAUGACCGAUGUCGGACCAACGUCGUAUCACCUUGCUUUACUAUCGCGGCAGCUUUUAUAAAGAACCCUGUGGCCCACUGCUGGGUGGAGCCUGGACACUACAAGCGGCGCUUCUGCAACAUUUGCAGGAAACGGCUGGACGAUACCUGGGCUCUGCGGUGUGAAGUGUGCGAGUAUUACGUGCACGUGGACUGCCAGGAGUUCGCCGUACCCAACUGCAAGACCAGCUCCGAGUUCAUCCCAGGUCAGAAGGUGUCCGAGGUGCAGCACGCGCACCUCUGGCGCGAGGGCAACCUGCCCAGCAACAGCAAGUGCGCCGUCUGCCGCAAGACCUGCUGGUCGUCCGAGUGUCUGACGGGGAUGCGCUGCGAGUGGUGUGUGACCACGGUACACGCGCCAUGUAUGAAAUACAUUCCACCUCAGUGCAAAUAUGGUGCAAUGGAGCCGCUGGUUCUUCCUCCAAGUGCAGUGAGUUUUCCACGCACAGAGGUGCCCAGGGAUAUCCUUCUUGGUAUGAUCAGCAAACGAAAAGAAGCCAUUCCGAAGGAUUUUUCUGCGCCUCGAAGCAUAUCGGAAGAGUUCAGUAGCGGUGAAGUGAAAAGUCACGAAGACGGGCUGGAACAAAAGAACAGUCGAGAGUCCAGCAAGAAGAAACAAAACGAUGAGCAGGAUGAUGUAUUGAUCAAGGUGUUUGACGGCAACUGUUCGCUGCGGAGACGGAUGUUCCGGACGAUAGCAGUCAGCAGGUCGGCAGCCACCGACGCCAUCUUGUCCACGGCGCUGGCAGCCUUCCACAUCGGCUCCAAGUCAGCGGACAAGUACUACCUGAGUGACGCCUACUGUGAGGAGGAGGCGGAGCUGGACGGUGGAAUGCUGGUUAGGCAGCUGUGCAAGCGCGACGGUCGCCGUCCGGCGGUGUUCCUCCGGCUACGACAGGAGACAAACCACUCAGGCUACAUCCGCGUGCACCCGCAGCAGCUGCGCGUGCAGGAGGAGCAGCUGGACGUGCCCGUGUCGGACGCGACCACGAGCCGGCAGGUGAUCGAGUACUGUCUCCGCCAGCUGGGCCUGACCGGGCCGGACGACUACACGCUCAGUGAGGUGCUCAUCGACCGCAACGUGAACGUACGCGAGCUGGCGCCCGACGAGCGACCCUGGGAGCUGAUGAAGUCCAUCAGCCGCGACUCAGUGCUGCAGAUGACUCUGGCCCGGUUCCACCUGGCCGAGCGGAGGGACCCUCACGGGCCCAGCGUGCCCCUGUUCGUGGGAAACCUGCCGCUCAACCUCAACCAGCGCCAGUACGAGAAAAUCCUGCUGGCCAUCCUCGGCAGAGCAAACAAAUUUUCAUCAAUCGGGCCCAUCUACUACGAGUACGGCUCGCUGGUGAUCGUGUACAAUAACGCCGAGGAUGGCACCCGCGCCUACUACGCCCUUCAGGAGGCCUCGUACGAGGACAAACAUCUGCUGGUGAUGAUACUGCCGUCACUGUCACCGGAGCUGAUACCACCCGGGGUGCGGCCCGUGCUGUUCUUCGUCAACGUCAAGUCGGGCGGCUGCCAGGGCCUCGAGCUCAUCACCAGCUUCAGGAGGAUGGUCAACCCCAGCCAGGUUUUCGACCUCGACAACGGCGGCCCGCUGCCCGGGCUGUACGUGUUCCGGAAGGUGCCCGACUACCGGAUACUGGUGUGCGGCGGAGACGGCACCAUCGGCUGGGUGCUCCAGUGUCUGGACAAUGUUGGCCAGGACAGCGAGUGCUCCUCCCCACCGUGCGCCAUCGUACCACUCGGCACUGGGAACGACCUGGCGCGAGUGCUGCGCUGGGGUCCCGGCUAUUCGGGCGGAGAGGAUCCCAACACGCUGCUGCGAGACGUCAUCGAUGCCGAGGAGGUCCGCCUGGACCGGUGGACGGUGGUGUUUCACCCGGACGACAAGGGCUCAGAGGUGGACUUCACCAAGUCAGCGCUGCCCAACUCGCAGGGUUCCACCAGCGAAGACAACACACAGAUUUUCGUCAUGAACAACUACUUCGGCAUUGGGAUCGACGCUGACCUGUGCCUGGACUUCCACAACGCCCGCGAGGAGAACCCGGACAAGUUCAACAGCCGGCUGCACAACAAGGGCGUCUACGUGAAGAUGGGCCUGCGGAAAAUGAUGAGUCGGAAAAUGUGCAAGGACCUCCACCGGCACAUGAAGGUGGAGGUGGACGGAAAGCCCCUGGAACUGCCGCCUGUCGAGGGCAUCAUCAUCCUGAACAUCCUCAGCUGGGGCAGCGGCGCCAACCCGUGGGGACCGGAGAAGGACGACCAGUUCGGCACGCCCAACCACUGGGACGGAAUGCUGGAGAUCGUGGGCGUGACGGGCGUGGUGCACCUGGGCCAGAUCCAGUCGGGCCUGCGCUCGUCGAUCCGCGUGGCGCAGGGCGGCCACAUCCGCAUCCACCUGCACACAGACAUGCCUGUACAGGUGGACGGCGAGCCGUGGGUGCAGCCCGCCGGAGAGGUGGUCGUCCUCAAGUCGGCACUCAAGGCGACAAUGCUAAAGAAAAUCAAAAUGCGCCGCCGCAAUACAGAGUCCUCGCUGGUAUCCACGGAAGGCGAGUCGACCCGCGACUGAGAGUCCGCACCAGCGUCGCCCCUGCCCUCCCUCCCCGUCCGCCCUGCCCCGGCCCCUCGCUGUCGCGCGCGCGCCGGCCGCCAGGGCGGCACAGAGGGAGCAUGCGACCACCUCUGGUGCCGCCGCGGCGCGCCGCAGUCUGUGACCCUGCCCCUCCCCCUCUCUUCUUUCUCGCUCUCUGUCUGUGUCCACCCGUGCGCGCGCGGCGCCUGGCGCGUGCAGGCCACCAUGCUGAAGAAGCUGAAGUCGACCAAGCUGCGCCGCAGGAGCACGGAGCCGAGCCUGGGCGGCGGCGCUCAGCUGGUGCCCACGGUCUCCUCCCCGGCCGGCGAGCGGGUGUGACCGGGCCGGCGAGCGGGUGUGACCGGGCCGGCGAGCGGGUGUGACCGGGCCGCCGGCGCCCUAGGAGCUAGUGGUCGGCGCCGCCGCCGCCCCAGUGGGUGUUAGUUGAUGUGUGCACAACCCCGCACGCCCAGUAGCGGGCAGCGCACACCGGACUCGCGCCGAGCUUAGGUGUGUCAGUAUGUGGUGGGCGCAGUGCCGUUUUUGAGGUAUGUAUUUAUUUGUUACGGCCAUCGGCGACGCUUGCUGCAGACGCUGCCUUGUUGUUACCAUAGUCUUAAAUAUCACUUUGUACGCGAGUUUACCUAGAUAUUCCGUAGAGCUUGUCAGAUUAUUUUUAUAUGUCCUUGUUGCGGGCGAACUGGCCCGCUCACAAUCGGUUUGCGCAACAGUGGGACGGCCCGACAAUCGUAUACGCGGCGACAUUCCAGACGUGCGGGGCGGCACCGCGAGCCGCCCCGGGGCACAUGUCGCAGGUCACAGCGCCGGCCGGCGGCGGCGUGUCGUCGCCGCCGCUGCGCUCGUGUAGCAUUGUCUCCGAACGGUAUAUGUUGUUCCGGUUGAUUUCGAGACAAGCUCCGAGUAUGGGAUAUUUUCUCACACCCCUCACCUAGUCCGUGUCGGCGGGUCGCGCCGCCCCAGAGUAGCCGGCCGUCGGCGCGACGGCGCCCCGACAGUGCCAAUCUUACUGCUUGUCUCGUGCUCACUGUUCUGAUGUACCGUGCAUGUAUAGGUGUUAGAGUAGCGCUCGACCGCAUGCCUCCCGCGACCGGUGGCGCCCUGCCAACAUCGAAUCGGCCGCCCCGGGCCGCUACCCUCCUGUCCCCGCCGCGCCGCGCCACUCCACAGGGUCUGCCCCCUCUCUCUAUCUCUGCCCGGCUCGCGCUGUCCUCGGCGGCACACGCCGCCUGUGUGUGCGUCCGUGUGGGUGGGUGUGCGAGCGAGAGCGUCAGCGAGACGAGCUGGCCGGGCGGCGCUGCCGGUCGACGACAGCGCCGCUCGGCGGUCGUGGUUGGAACCAACCACACCAUCGGGCAGUGCCGGCCUGGGGCUCAGUUGUUGUGUGGCAACCCAUCCGUUCCACUCAACAAUACGCCGGCAAGGCCCGAUGGCGCGAACCGAGACAAUCUCAUGUUUUCUAUGUGUUGUACGUAGGGUUGCAGUUUCUGAUCGUCGUGAUUCGCUGGCGUUGGGUUUUAGUGUGGCGUGGCGCUGUUGGGCCCGGCCGCCGGUGUGUCCGUACUCGACUCGGCUCCGCCGGCCGGCCUGGCCCGACCAGCGCCCUUUCGGUUGGUUUUUUAUUGUUAUGUCUGCAAUAAAUAUACCAGCUGUA